CGCCAAUCAGAAGCGCCGAUUUCGAUCUUGUGGAACGGUCGCGGUCCGUCUCGAUGCCGUUCGAUGACCUCCGGCACGAGCGCGUCCAGACAGCGCUCGAGCAAAUGAACGAGAUCUCUAUCUCCAAGAUUCACCGGGACGCGGCCAAAGCAACCGCCAAAGCCAAGCGCGACGAGUCGUUCGAAGAGCGCAUCGAUGCGAUCCUUGCAACGACAAAAGAGAUUGCCGAGCGGCUGCAGCGAAAGCAGCACGACGACGACGACACUGCGCACGACGACGAGAGCGACGAGUUUUCCAUCAUGGACGAUGACGCGCACGCGUCGGCGCUCUUCAAGCGGCAGCUCAGCCGCUUCCUCAAGCUGCCGCGCUCGCUGAGCCACCGCGAGAUGGAAGAAGUUACGCACUUGGUUCUCCACCAAGUCGGCAACACGCCCGACCACAGUCUUCUCAUGCAUGAGAUUGGCACUCUCAUCGACGAGCAUGUCAUUACACCGCGCGAGAUGGACGACGAGCACGACCGUGAGGCCAAGCACAGGCCGUCGCUGGCCAAACGCCGUCAAAAAGAGCUGCCCAACCUCGACAUACAUCCGACGAGCGAUAUCGAAAUGACCCAGCGCAUGCUGUUUGUAUCGGCCAACCGACUCAAGUCGACGUCCAUGCGCGGCGGCUUCAACGACGAGUCUUUUCUGCGCUCGCAAAAAGCAACGUUUUCGCUCUUCCCAAAACCGAGCGAGCGGACGCUGCUGCCCAAGCUCUCGUCGUGCAAGAGCCCGAAAAUGACGGCGCUGGCCGAGGCCGAGCUCGCUGAGCAGCGCGCGCGGCAAGCCGAGCUCGAGUGGCGAGAGGCCGUCAAACAAGACUAUAUCAUUUGGCUUCGCGCCAAAGCCGAAGCCGAGGCGCAAGCAAAGAAACAGCACCAUCGCGAUGCGUCGCAGCCUUCGAAGCGCAAGCAAAAGCCGCGAUGGCUGCUCCUCUAUGAAGACGCGCGGGCGCACCAAACCGUACUGCCGCCCAACUUGUAGUUUGUCUCGUCGACGCUCGCUAGAACGUUGAAUGGAACGAGUGAAGCAGGACCAAGCUCGAACGACGACGUCGAUGACGAGCGAUUGGCAUGACCAUGGGCAACAGGGAUCGCAGUCGGUCACAUGCGAUGGUCUGUCCACGAUACUUCUCGGUGGACCUUGUCGGAGCACGCAGCGUCAUCGUAGGAGAACAAAGACACGGUGUAUACUGAUAAUGAGAAAAGACGAC